AUGAGCUGGCGUGUCGCGGUCGUCGUCCUGCUGCUGCUCGACGGCGUCCAGCUGCAGGACGAGCCGCGGUUGAACCCCACGCUGGAAGAUGUUGUCCCUUCCCGGGAAGUCAUCCGACCUCCUGACAUCAGAGAGGUCCCAGAAACCGAGACGACCUCGCGGUCCCCGCCCAUGUUCGGUGAGCAUGCCAACCUCAAGUGGGCGACGUGGAGCGGCCGCCUCCCGAACGGCGCCGUCGCCGUCUUCAACGGCUACGCCGAACGCACGGACUACGUGUGCAAGGUCAACUGCGAGGCCGGCUUCUACUCGCCCGGCAAAGGGGACUUCUGCCGGUACCCGUACGCCGACAAAGAGUACGCGUCCUCCAAGUUUGAAAUGCUGGUCAACGUGGACCACUUUGAGUUCCUGGAGUGGGUCGAAGGUUCCUACGGGUCGGUCCCGAGCUAUGCCGUCAAAACCUGCCCCGAAACGGACAUCUUUGUGGGCAAGAACAAGUAUGGUCUCGGCAAAGUGGUGACCCGGCACGAGGCCUUCUUCCUCCCCUGGGAGGGCGACGAGUACUGGUACAAGAGCUACCAGGUCCUGGCCGUCAACAGAGACGGCUACAGCCAGCACAUCUCCCACGUGGAGUACGGCAUCGACCAGAUGGAGCUCUUCCACCAUCCUCCCGAGGCCCUGCAGCUCGCCAAAGUCACCAACCUGGAGUGCAGGGACGUGCAGAAGACGGUGAGACUGGAGAAGACCAGCUCGGUGGAGAAGACCUGGGACAUCGGCAGGGAGACCCGCAACGGCUCCGUGUCCACCAUGAAGGCCAAGGUGCCCAUCCUCGGCCCGGGCGACGUGGACUUCACCAAGGAGCAGACGGUGACCUUCUCGGAGGGCACCAGCGUGGUGGAGUCCGUGGGUCACUCCGUCGCCGUGGAGCUGCUGGUGCCGCCCAACCACUGGUGCGCCGUGAGGAUGGACGGCAGGAAGAUGACGGCCGACAUCCCGUUCACCGGCCGGCUGAGCAGGACCAACCGCGACGGAGACACCCGCUGGACGUACAUCACAGGCGUCUACGACGGCGUGAGCGUGGGCGAGAUCAACGCCGUGGUGGAGCGGUGCCGGCCGGUGGCGGACGCCGUUCCCUGCCCCCCAACUCAAGACUGA